UGAUUAGGUUGAAUUUGUCUGGUUCUCCCUGCAACGCGAUUGGUUGUUCCACUCGGUGGGAAAUGCAUAAGUCAAUGCUGCCUGCCAUGGGCUUUCAGUGAAUUUGCUCUCAGUGAUCUUCUGGCACAGUUUUCAUUGAUUCUUGUGGAAAGCAACUAAAACCACUGGAUAUGAUUGUCAUAAUUCUCCUGUCGUGUUUCUCCAUGAUGGCGUCUGUCACCCCACGCGUCCUUCCUCUCUCGCGGUCGCAAGGAGGAGCCACUCAAGGGGAUCAGCCUGCUGAGGCCGCAAAUCAGGAUCUGGAAACUCAGACGCCGGCCUCUCUUCUUCCCGGUGCAGAGCAGCCGCAGCAGGGGGUUCCCCAGCAGCUGGAUCCUCAGACAGACACUCAGCUCAAUCCUUCACGGCAACAAUACACCCGGUUUCCAAAAGAGGGCAGUCCACCGGUUUUCCCCCCGCAGCCGAGCACCAAUGGAGCCCAGCUGACACUUCCACAGCAGCCUCUGGUUUUUCCACCUUACGGAUACUUCCCUCUGUUCUCAUCCCCCUAUAGGGAUCAGCUGAUCUACCCUUAUGGAUUUCCAUCGAUUCUUCAAUCGGCUCUGCCGCAAACGCCAGCGUAUCAAACCCCAAAUAGUCCUGUGUUACCUGCAGUAAAUGCUGCAGGAGCAGCGGCUCCCUCUGGACAUACACCUCCCCUUUUGCAGCCGCAACAGCCGCAGAAUCCCCAGAUUGUGUACAUGCUACAGCAGCCUAUGAACCCUGCACUUGGCGCCCUCAGCUCGGAGGAACUCGAGAUGGCUGCUAAGAUGAGCCAGUUGGGUGUGUACAUACCCAAUCUGCUCCCAAACCUGCCUGUAGGAGCCGUUCAGCCUCAGAGCCAGGCCACUGGGCUCACAAACCCGCAACAGCAAGGCGUGGCGCCGACCGUGGGGACCUCAGCAGCUGGAAUCAAACAGAUACGGGGGCCGAAAUGCUCUGGAUCACAUCUGAACGCUAACCAUGUCCCCGCGGGGUUGGAGGGAGCCGAGCAGGAGGUGGUCACCUUCCAAAAACCUGCUCAACCCAAACUCCAACCUACACAGAGAAACCUUAGUUAGGAUGGAAACUUAUAGCAGAGAUAAUCCAUAACACAUUGAGAGGAAACUAAAACAGUUAGACCAGUUAUUUGUCAGUCAAGCACAUUACUAACCAUGAAUAUUUAUUUCA